CGGUUUCUCUUGUGACCACACCACAAUCAACAUAAGCGUAAGCAGUAGGUCCGGCUCGGGCAUGAUGCAAGAGGCGUGAACGAAGGGGCCCCCUGGGGCCGAACAACGAAGGGACGUACGAUUGGGUUCGCAGUCAUCAUGAUACCCGGAUGAGCACCCGGAAUAGCCCGUGCUCGCAUCUGCCACAGACGAGCACUGUAUGCAUACCUAUAUCGCCUGCGCUACUAAGAAACGUCUCAACUGAGCAUUAAGUAGCAGCGACUUUCCUGCCGCAUCAAUUGUCAUGGGCACAAGUGCGACGCGCCGUUCCUUGCGCGCUGUAAGCUCUAGAACAUUCCUACUACUUUUGGCAGUCGCGCUUGGGAUAUGCAGCGCAAAAGGUCAGCUCGCGAAUGGCGCCGGCGCAGGAGGGCACAGCAGGUCGGUUUCGGCCCUCCCUUGUCGGCCCUCCCUUGUCGGCCCUCCCUUGUCGGCCCUCCCUUGGUGGUGUUCGCACCGGGGCUUAUGUUUUAUAAUGCUCUCUAUAUCGCUGUAUGCAUUUGCUACGAUCUCGUGUUUUUCUUAGCGCGCGGUUAGGCAGAGCUGUACAGUACACUGCUGUCUAACGCACGGGCACACCCGGCUUGUAUGAUACUUCUAAUGCUAACGAAGGUUGCCUAAUACACGCGCAAAUAGCGUUGGACGUUUGCAGUGCAAGGUCUUUGAUUUAUUUGCAAAAAGCCGCGUCUUGUCUCCUUCCUUGCUGACUUGACAGGUACAUUAAUCAUAUGGAGGGUGACGCUUCAAGCUCAGCCAGGAGCGGCGACCACGCAGCGACAGCUCAGAAUGCCACAGGCCUUGAGCGGACGCAUGCGCGAAAACUGGCUCAAGACCUGCUGACCUCCUCCUCCUCGGCCGCCCAGCCCUGCACCGGCUCCUUCUCCUCCCCGACCUCCCAGCCCGUCUCCGCCCAGCCCUUCCCCUCCCCGGCCACCUGCUCCUCCUCCUCGGCCGCCCAGCCCUGCACCGGCUCCUUCUCCUCCCCGACCUCCCAGCCCGUCUCCGCCCAGCCCUUCCCCUCCCCGGCCACCUGCUCCUCCUCCCUUGCCGCCCAGCCCUGCACCGGCUCCUUCUCUUCCUCGGCCUCCCAGCCCGUCUCCGCCCAGCCCUUCCCCUCCCCGGCCACCUGCUCCUCCUCCCCUUCCGCCCAGCCCUGCACCGGCUCCUUCUCCUCCCCGGCCUCCCAGCCCGUCUCCGCCCAGCCCUUUCCCUCCCCGGCCACCUGCUCCUCCUCCCCUGCCGCCCAGCCCUGCACCGGCUCCUUCUCCUCCCCGACCUCCCAGCCUGUCUCCGCCCAGCCCUUCCCCUCCCCGGCCACCUGCUCCUCCUCCCCUGCCGCCCAGCCCUGCACCGGCUCCUUCUCCUCCCCGGCCUCCCAGCCCGUCUCCGCCCAGCCCUUCCCCUCCCCGGCCACCUGCUCCUCCUCCCCUUCCGCCCAGCCCUGCACCGGCUCCUUCUCCUCCCCGGCCUCCCAGCCCGUCUCCGCCCAGCCCUUCCCCUCCCCGGCCACCUGCUCCUCCUCCCCUGCCGCCCAGCCCUGCGCCGGCUCCUUCUCCUCCCCGGCCUCCCAGCCCGUCUCCGCCCAGCCCUUCCCCUCCCCGGCCACCUGCUCCUCCUCCCUGGCGCCUAGCCCUGCACCGCCCGUCUCCGCCCAGCCCUUCUCCGCCCCGGCCACCUGCUCCUCCUCCCCUUCCGCCCAGCCCUGCACCGGCUCCUUCUCCUCCCCGACCUCCCAGCCCGUCUCCGCCCAGCCCUUCUCCUCCCCGGCCACCUGCUCCUCCUCCCCUGCCGCCCAGCCCUGCGCCGGCUCCUUGUCCUCCUCGACCUCCCAGCCCGUCUCCGCCCAGCCCUUUCCCUCCCCGGCCACCUGCUCCUCCUCCCCUGCCGCCCAGCCCUGCACCGGCUCCUUCUCCUCCCCGGCCUCCCAGCCCGUCUCCGCCCAGCCCUUCCCCUCCCCGGCCACCUGCUCCUCCUCCUCGGCCGCCCAGCCCUGCACCGGCUCCUUCUCCUCCCCGACCUCCCAGCCCGUCUCCGCCCAGCCCUUUCCCUCCCCGGCCACCUGCUCCUCCUCCUUGGCCGCCCAGCCCUGCACCGGCUCCUUCUCCUCCCCGACCUCCCAGCCUGUCUCCGCCCAGCCCUUCCCCUCCCCGGCCACCUGCUCCUCCUCCCCUGCCGCCCAGCCCUGCACCGGCUCCUUCUCCUCCCCGACCUCCCAGCCCAUCUCCGCCCAGCCCUUCCCCUCCCCGGCCACCUGCUCCUCCUCCUCGGCCGCCCAGCCCUGCACCGGCUCCUUCUCCUCCCCGGCCUCCCAGCCCAUCUCCGCCCACCCGUCUCCGCCCAGCCCUUCCCCUCCCCAGCCACCUGUGCCGCCCUCUCCUCCCUCGCCCUUGCCCCGGCCUCUUGUGUGCAGCCCGCCUGCCGGCUGGUGCGGUGGGGGCAACUACCAGGUGGCUGACAGUCGGAGAGUGGAUUGCGACGGCGACGGCACAGCCGACUACGUGUGUAUCGACGCCCUUGGCAACCGCGGUGUGAUCCUCAACAACCAGACCGCCAUUGCCUGCGAGGACACCUGGCCCUCUGUGGACAGGUCCGCGGCGCGUUGCCCCGUCUUCUUUCUGCAACGCUGUCCCAACGUCACUGGCUACAUCACCAUCCCGGAAUCUUACCCAGUGGCCCAGGCUGGCCAGACCGCACUGUAUGCCAGCACAGCAUUGGCCGAUGCCGCAAGGGACGCCUGCUCCAUGAACGACAACUGCACUACCUGGGUGCGUUACCCCAGCACCCCGUACGACCAGGGCCAGUACCUGCCCAGCCAGCCCCAGUGGAUCCAGGCAGGCGCGAGUUGCACGUAUGUGAAGGCCCCGGGCUUUGUGACCGUGCGCCUUCCGCCAAGCCCCGCCCCGCCUUCUCCGCGCCCCCCUUCGCCUUCUCCACCUCGGCCACCCAGCCCGCCGCCUGCUCCGCCCAGCCCCCCGCCCCGGCCACCCAGCCCGGCGCCAGCUCCUCCCAGCCCGGUACCUCGGCCCCCGAGCCCACCACCUGCUCCACCCACCCCUCCAUCGCCGGUGCCCCGGCCAAUAGUGUGCAGCCCGCCUGCCGGCUGGUGCGGUGGGGGCAACUACCAGGUGGCUGACAGUCGGACAGUGGACUGCGACGGCGACGGCACAGCCGACUACGUGUGUAUCGACGCCCUUGGCAACCGCGGUGUGAUCCUCAACAACCAGACCGCCAUUGCCUGUGAGGACACCUGGCCAUCUGUGGACCGGUCCGCGGCGCGUUGCCCCGUCUUCUUCCUGCAACGCUGUCCCAACGUCACUGGCUACAUCACCAUCCCGGAAUCUUACCCAGUGGCCCAGGCUGGCCAGACCGCACUGUAUGCCAGCACAGCAUUGGCCGAUGCCGCAAGGGACGCCUGCUCCAUGAACGACAACUGCACUACCUGGGUGCGUUACCCCAGCACCCCAUACGACCAGGGCCAGUACCUGCCCAGCCAGCCCCAGUGGAUCCAGGCAGGCGCGAGUUGCACGUAUGUGAAGGCCCCGGGCUUUGUGACCGUGCGCCGUCCGCCAAGCCCUGCCCCGCCUUCUCCGCGCCCCCCUUCGCCUUCUCCACCUCGGCCACCCAGCCCGCCUCCAGCUCCGCCCAGCCCCCCGCCCCGGCCACCCAGCCCGGCGCCAGCUCCUCCCAGCCCGGUGCCUCGGCCGCCGAGCCCACCACCUGCUCCACCCACCCCUCCAUCGCCGGUGCCCCGGCCAUUAGUGUGCAGCCCGCCUGCCGGCUGGUGCGGUGGGGGCAACUACCAGGUGGCUGACAGUCGGACAGUGGACUGCGACGGCGACGGCACAGCCGACUACGUGUGUAUCGACGCCCUUGGCAACCGCGGUGUGAUCCUCAACAACCAGACCGCCAUUGCCUGUGAGGACACCUGGCCAUCUGUGGACCGGUCCGCGGCGCGUUGCCCCGUCUUCUUCCUGCAACGCUGUCCCAACGUCACUGGCUACAUCACCAUCCCGGAAUCUUACCCAGUGGCCCAGGCUGGCCAGACCGCACUGUAUGCCAGCACAGCAUUGGCCGAUGCCGCAAGGGACGCCUGCUCCAUGAACGACAACUGCACUACCUGGCCCGCCUCCAGCUCCGCCCAGCCCCCCGCCCCGGCCACCCAGCCCGGCGCCAGCUCCUCCCAGCCCGGUGCCUCGGCCGCCGAGCCCACCACCUGCUCCACCCACCCCUCCAUCGCCGGUGCCCCGGCCAUUAGCCCGCCUGCCGGCUGGUGCGGUGGGGGCAACUACCAGGUGGCUGACAGUCGGACAGUGGACUGCGACGGCGACGGCACAGCCGACUACGUGUGUAUCGACGCCCUUGGCAACCGCGGUGUGAUCCUCAACAACCAGACCGCCAUUGCCUGUGAGGACACCUGGCCCUCUGUGGACAGGUCCGCGGCGCGUUGCCCCGUCUUCUUCCUGCAACGCUGUCCCAACGUCACUGGCUACAUCACCAUCCCGGAAUCUUACCCAGUGGCCCAGGCUGGCCAGACCGCACUGUAUGCCAGCACAGCAUUGGCCGAUGCCGCAAGGGACGCCUGCUCCAUGAACGACAACUGCACUACCUGGGUGCGUUACCCCAGCACCCCAUACGACCAGGGCCAGUACCUGCCCAGCCAGCCCCAGUGGAUCCAAGCAGGCGCGAGUUGCACGUAUGUGAAGGCCCCGGGCUUUGUGACCGUGCGCCUUCCGCCAAGCCCUGCCCCGCCUUCUCCGCGCCCCCCUUCGCCUUCUCCACCACGGCCUCCUAGCCCACCGCGCCCGCCCAGCCCCUUCCCGCCACGCCCGCCGCGCCCUCCCUCGCCUGCGCCCAGCCCGGCACCAGCUCCGCCCAGCCCUGCGUCACCCCGACCGCCUUCCCCGCCUCGGCCGCCACGCCCUCCCCCAUCCCCGCCCAACCCGCCCCCGCUCCCAUUAGCCUGUGGCCGGCCGGAGGGCUGGUGCGUGGGUGACACAUACAUCUACCGCAACGUGGACUGCGAUGGGGACGGUGUGCCGGAUCACGUGUGCUAUGACGCGCGCGGCUACCGCGGUGUGAUUCUGGGGGCCCAGGAGACCGCCACCUGUGUGGACACCUGGCCCUGGCUCGCCUCCUCCAUUUGCCCGCCGGUGUUCAACCGCUGUACUGCGUAUCCUGGAUGGGUCGCCAUUCCCGACGCGUCCUGGACUGCGGCGUCCCUGCCUGGCUCGUCGAGUUAUCAUGAUAGAUCAGCAGCAGCAGUACGGGACUACUGCAGUGCGUCCAGCACUUGCACUCUCUGGGAUACGGACCUCUACCCAGAUCGCUGGACUGCACUCAACGACGCGGUGGCAACGCUUACGCUGCUCGUCCAGCGCCUGGAGCAGACACCAGUGGCAUGUGUAUACGUGCGGCCCCCGCCGCAGGCGCCUCCCUCCCCACCGUCUCCGCCCCCAUCGCCGCGGCCGCCACUCCCGCCCGUGCCAAAAGCAGCUUGUCCCAGGCCUGAUUGGUGGUGCACGGGCAGCUCCAGGGCCAUUCUCCUGGAGGAUGUGGACUGUGAUGGAGACGACCUGCUGGACUCCGUGUGUUACGACCUGGCGGGCAAUCGAGGCAUCAUCGGCUCAGGGAUUGACUGCACGGACACCUGGCCCUCCGUGGCAGCCUCCUAUUGCCCGCCUGUUUUCAACGUGUGCCCUGAGGAGCCUGGGUGGGUAGCGCUUCCCAAUGCUGCAUGGUCGGCAAGCUACCUCAUACCUACUACCGAGAUGUUCGGUUGGUACUCAGCCGCGGAGGCAAAGAACUACUGCUUUGGAAACUCCAGAUGCACUCUUUGGUACAAGGACACAAAUGUGUGGGUAACGUACAACCUCGACAUGUCGAGAGUCACAAUGACGAAGCGGUUUGGGGCGCCAUGCCUAUAUGUGCGGGCCCCGCCCCCGCCGCCGCCCCCGCCGCUGCCCCCUGGGCCUCCCAGUCCACCACCCAGCCCAGGUCCACGCUCGCCCAAACCGCCUAACCCGCCACUUCCGCCACGGCCUCCCAGUCCACCAAAGCCGCCAGCCCCACCGGCGCCUCCACCGAUAGCCUGUGGCCGGCCGGAAGGCUGGUGCGUGAGCAGUUGGAACAUCUACCGCAACGUGGACUGCGAUGGGGACGGUGUGCCGGAUCACGUGUGCUACGAUGACGCCGGGAACCGCGGCGUGAUCCUUAGUGUUCAGACUGUCACCUGCAUGGACACCUGGCCCUCUGUAUCCGCCUCUGUCUGCACCCCUGUGUUUAAUCGCUGUCCCAUGGACCCGGCCCUGGCUGGAUGGGUUGCCCUGCCCGACGUAUCGUGGGUUGCCGACUUCUCGACCUCCUUGGAUUGGUCAUCCGCUGAGGAGGCACGGACGGUGUGCACGGAAAUGGACUGCAGCUUCUUGUUCUACUCACCGCCGAACAAGUGGACAACGGUCUCGGCGUUUGGUAACCGGAACAUCGUGCCCUAUGCACAAGAGCCGGCAUCGUGCAUGUACGUGCGAGGUCGGGAAUCACCUCCCCCGCUCCCUCCGCUUGCGCCUCCGCCUUCACCGCCUUCACCGCCGGCGCCCAGCUCUCCAAUAACGGUCUGUGGCCGGCCGGAAGGCUGGUGCGUGGGUGACACAUCCAUCUACCGCAACGUGGACUGCAAUGGGGACGGUGUGUCAGAUCACGUGUGCUACGACGCGCGUGGACACCGCGGUGUGAUCCUGGGGGCCCAGGAGACCGCCACCUGUGUGGACACCUGGCCCUGGCUUGCCCCGUCCAUUUGCCCGCCGGUAUUUGACCGCUGUCGUGAGGAAGCCGGAUGGGUGGCGCUGCCAGAUGCGUCAUGGAACGCCGACACAGCUGCCGCCUACGAUCCGUAUUACACGCUAUACCUAACCUCAGCUGACAGUGCAAGGGACAGGUGCAAUGAAGCGGCGAAUGCUGCUUUCAACUGCAUUCUCUGGGAAACGAACGUCGUACCAAAUAAAUGGCGGGCGUUUUUUGGCGUGCUCCGGACGAUGACGCUGUUGGCGCCAACAUCACCGACGGACCCCGCAGCAUGUGUGUAUGUGAAAGGGCCUGCUCAGCCGCAGUGGCCGCCCAGCCCUGCUCCGAGAGGAUUAGCAUGCCCCGAUCGGCCUGAGGGCUGGUGCACUGGUGCGCAGAGCAUGUACGUCCAGGUCGACUGCGACCUCGAUGGGCGACUGGACCACGUCUGCUACGACGCAGCUGGGAGAAGGGGCCUCAUUCUAGCGAUCCAAUCCGGCCCCACUUGUGGGAGCACGUGGCCCUCGGUGGCCGCCUCCGUCUGCCCGCCAGUGUUUGAUAGCUGCCCCAAGGUGGCUGGCUACUUGUCGCUGCCCAACACGGCCUUCAGCAGCAACUAUGGAAAUAACCAGCUGUUUAUCGGCCAGACGUCAUCAGGAUAUGCCGCAUGGCAGGCGUGCGAGGCAAACUCGUACAUCUACCCUUGCACAAUGUUCUCAGACAAGGGAGCCUACGCGUACGGACAGGUAGACGCCCUGAAGUACACCGAGGGCGUGUGUUCAUACUUCAAGCUUCCGAUGCCACCUCCGGCGCCUGAGCCGCCGUUGCCGCCGCCGAGACCGCCGAGCCCUAAGCCACCUGCCGCCCCUGCAUGGACAAUCUGCACCAAGCCUGCAAACCAGUGGUGUACGAGCGGCACAUUGAGGUACGUGGACUGCUACGGUGGAUUCAGUGAACGCGUCCUCGACCAAGUGUGCCACAAUGAAGGCGGCCAGCGUGGCGUGAUCCGGUACUUCACCCCGGGCACCACAUGCACCGACACAUGGCCAACCGCCACGGCCUCAUCGUGCAAGGCAGCUUUCGGGAAUUGUGACCGGCCAAGCGGGUGGUGUACGGGUGUCUACAGAUACGUGGACUGCAACGGCGACGGCAUCCCAGACCACACAUGUGCCACCGAGCCAGUUGGCAGCACCCGCGCCGAAACUUUCAGAGGCGUCAUCCUUGGAAAUCAGACCAUUGCACCGGGCAGCCAGUGUGUAGACACCUGGCCCAGCGCACCCAUCUCCUCAUGCCCAGCUGCUUUUGCAUGCCCGCCUCGGGCCGGAUACACCGUGUACCAGGACGCAACCAUGAACAGCCAAGUUUAUAGCGGCGUUUUAGGCCUUUGGCUUGCGUACCCGCCAGAGACGGCGGCGUCCCUAUGCGCCGCCACCCCCGGGUGCUCAGUGUACGACACGGCCGGAUACUACUCCAUACAGACCGAGCUGCGGCUUACGUAUAUGGUGGGGCGGUGCGCGUACAUCAGCAACAGCGUCACACUGGACCACCUGACGGUGGCGCCCGGAGUCACACGGCCACCAGGCACCGUCGGCACUGCAGCAGCGGGCUUGGCGGCGAUUGAUGUCGCGGCUUCCCAGGAGCAGCUCAGUGGGACUGGGGUGCUGAUGGACGAUGAUGGGCCGCAGCCGUCGAAUGAGGAGCAAUUGCAAGAGGUGCAGCCGCUGCUGAGUGGGUCACCGCCGCAUCCUGCUCCUGCAGCAACGGCGGCUGCACAAGCAGGCAUGGGCGCCAGCAGCACCACCUCAUCACCAGCACCUGCCGCCUCCUCAGUCUCCAGGGAAGCGGCAUCAUCUUCAGCGCCUUCAGCUGCGGACCUAGCCACCACCACCGGUGCCACCACCAGCAGUAACAGCGAGCAGCAGCAGCCGCAACAGCAGCAGCAGCAGCCACAAUCGCCACUGGAUUUGCCUAGCGUGUUGCCUCAGGGAGCAGCAGUGGCAGGCGCCGCUACUGCUCUUGACACCGCCCACGGCGCCACUACUGCUGAUGGAAGCGGCAGCGCACAGCAGACAAAUGACAGCAGCGGCGGUCAUGGCGGCAGUAGUGUGCCCGUGGCCGGGAUUGUGGGGGCUGUCGUGGGCGGUGUGUGCGGCGCGGCAUUGCUGGCAAUAGCUGUGGUUGGGGUUGUGAUGUGGCGGCGCCGUUUGGUGCACGACAACAUGCGGGUGGCCCCGCUAUAGUCCUAACUGGAUGGAGUUAAUGUGUGAGAAUGUGCGUGCGCUCUGUGUCAGGCCCUGCAGCUCCGCCGCGUAGAUAGGUUGAUAGGUUUAAUGCGUCCGCCCAAUCAAACAUACACGCCGUACGUGUCCGCACAUUCAUACCGUAUAUAUCCUCAGUCCUCUCCGACCGAGAGAGAUAGAGCGCAGAACUGUGUGCAAGCCUACAGCCAAAAAACACAUACGCUCGCGCGUGAGUGAACACAUACGCUCGCAUGUGAGAGUGACACACACACAAACACACACACACAUACGCGCAUACCAAUGUUGCCCUCAUGAAGAACCGGCGGUUAGUUGUAGCGAUCUUUUUCCGAGCUAUGUCCGGGCGAUGAGGUUGAUUGUUCGGCCUCAGACUGUGGAGGGGCUCAGCCCCUUUUCCCGUGACCGGGGAACACUUGUCCGAGCGAGCCUUUCAGCAGCAGGGUUGCAUGUACAGCGCUACGAUCUAUCUUGGAUGUAUGUGUGCGUGCGUGUGCGUGUGCUGGCCCCUACAUCCAGCCUCCAGCUCCAGAUUGCAGUAGUGGCCGCGAGGAUGCGGCGGUGUUUCAGGCGAGGUCCCGGCAUGCCGAGAACUGCUUGCGCUGGCGUACUUACUUCGCCUAACCUGCGGGUCCAACUGCUGUAGCCAGUCGCACUGAUGACGGUGCAUCGCCUCAAUCAUCAUCAAUAACAUCGCGGGGGCCAGGGGAGAUUUAGUGUUUGUCUGCCAUGUUGCUUGAAGCAUAGAUUGUUCCCUGUCUGCUGGUCGGUUGAUACUCCGUUGGCAGUUUGGUGCAGUCAGUUGGGCUAGUUGGGGCCUGAUCCUGUUGUGCACCGCAAUGUAUGCAUGUUUGGCGGACGACACGCGUGCGCAGGAUGGGGACGUAUGUAUGGUUCAUUGCAGUGUGUUGUGUACGGGGUUAUAGGUGGCUUUUAAUCCCCAGAUAAAAGGCUAGGGUGCAGUACGCCUCCGCUAGGCAGGGCGUGUCCUGAGGGGUAGGGCGGGGUGAGGCCAGACGGGGCCCCCCGUGGGGUUCAUCGCCUCAGUCCCUUGUCCGGCGUGAGGUGAUAACGCGGCGUUUCCGCUGCUUAGCAGAAGGAGCCGGCGCGUGUCACCUCCGCGGGGCUACUGCACACGUGACUGCAGAGAGGAGGGCGGCGUGGCAAUGGGCUGACAGCUGCACAAUGCUCGGCGGAGAGCGGUAAUGGCCGUGGUCGUAUGAUCGAUAUGUGAGGGAAAUGCAGCGUUUGUGGUCCGUUUGGGUUGGGCGUUCAAGCGUUUGCAGUAGUGAGUGGAGGUGUGAAGGUUAGCGUGCCCGCGUGUUCAAGGCGUGCUUACUACAAUUUCUUGUGUGUGUACUAGCCACGCCCCAUUCGGCGGCGCGAAGAGCGGUGGCAAGGUCGGUGUGCUGGUGAAUUUGCUUGCGCGUUUUCCUGGGUGAUAGAUUCAGAUCCGCCGGGGGUAGCCAUUUUCAAAGAAUGUGAAAUAACACCUACCGCU